CGUGACAUCGAGAGCCGAUGUGCGUCGCGCGACGGCAUUGUCUGAGAGCGGACAAAGAGCUGCACAUUCAAGACAGCGCGAGCAUCGGGCAGGUGAGCGCCCAGGUGUCAUGGCAACGGACAUUAGCUGCCGCAAUAUGAAGCCGACUUCUCUCCUUCGAUUAGACCGCGGUGUCCGAGUGCGUUUGGCUGCUUGAACUUCUUCAUGUCGGAAUCCCAAAUCCGACCAUUUGGAGGAGGGACAACGACGUUGGCUGCGCUUUCGGCCGCUUACACGCAACAGACAGCGGGUUAACAAAGCAAGAAAGCCUUUGUGUCAUCUCUUAAUCUAGCUCGUCGGUUUGUUCGCUGUAGCUCUGCCAAAUCUUACUUUGUGUUUUUUUUAAACGUGGGGUCUGCUGUCGGUGGCUACGAGUAGCAUUUAGCCUCGACAUCAGGGAAGAUUUUUUUCCUCUGGCUAACGCAUAUCUAAGUGUCUUUUUUUACUGGCUGGAUGAGAUGUCAUUCAUCAUGGAGGAUAACUUAGAGUCCGGAUGGGUGUCCGUCCGGCCCAAAGUCUUCGACGAAAAAGAGAGACAUAAAUUUGUUUUCAUUGUGGCCUGGAACGACGUCGAGGGAAAGUUCGCCAUAACCUGCCACAACAGAACCGUGCAGAGACGGAGCACUUUACUGGACGUCGACUGUGGCCCAAUCGCUGGGCUUCCUCCCACCGGUGCCUGCGUGGCUGAAAAACACACAAAAAGUCCCGUCACGGCGAAGAAAGAUGGAGUCUGCCAAGUGAGUAAAGUUAGACCGCACUCUGUCCCCAAAGGGAAACCCACAACAAAUGCUAACGCAGACAGGAAGACUUUAAAAGCCGGUAGUUCAAAGUCAUAUGAGUGCGUAAGUCACACUUUAGGGACAUGGGACGUUGUGACACCCAAGAUAACGGAUAUGGAGAUCCUGGAGCCAGUGGAUGUCACGCUGUCUCCGGAUGAUGCAGACCCAGGCGACAUCGAGGCCAGUAACCGCGAAGACUUCAGCUGGGCUGGACUGUUCUCCUUCCAGGAACUGAGAGCAGCCCACCUCCAACUAUGCGCCGUCAACUCGGACCUAGAGCCUUGUUUGCCCUCUUUCCCGGAGGAGCAGUCUGGCGUGUGGACUGUCCUUUUCGGUCCGCCCGGGAUGUCACAGCGGGAGACGGACGCCCUGUGCUAUCAGUUGCAGGUGUACCUGGGUCAUGCCCUGGACACCUGCGGCUGGAAGAUCCUCUCACAGGUGCUUUUCUCAGAGAGCGACGACACCGAGGAGUACUACGAGAGUCUGAGUGAGCUGAGGCAGAAAGGCUAUGAAGAUGCUCUGGAGAGGGCCAAAAGACGCAUGCAAGAGGUGCUGGAUAAACACAAAGCGAUGGACAGCAUGGUGGAGCUGCUGCAGGUGUACCCGGAGGAGGACGAAGCGUAUGGAGAGCUGCUGGAAGCCACAACUCAGCUCUAUCACUACCUGCUUCAGCCCUUCAGGGACAUGAGGGAACUGGCAAUGUUGCGCCGACAGCAGAUUAAGAUUUCUCUGGAGACUGAGCGACUCGGCCCUCGUCGUGUGGAGAGCCUGAGAAAAGAGGACGAGGAGUGGCAGAAGAAGGCUCACGCCGCAGUGCUUUCCAUUCAAGACCUGACUGUCAAGUUCUUUGAAACCACAACUCGGUCUCAGAAAGCUCUAUACGAGAGGAUGCGAGCUGACCAGAGAAAGUUUGGGAAGUCAGCGUGGACAGCGGCGGUUGAACGCAUGGAGCGGCUGCAGUUUGCCGUUUCCAAAGAAACUCUCCAGCUCAUGAGGGCCAAAGAGAUCUGCCUGGAACAGAGGAAACAUGGCUUGAAGGAGGAGAUGCAGAGUCUACAGGGUGGGGAGGAUGCCAUGCUUCGCCUGGACCAGCUGGAGGCGCUGUACUAUGAGUUACAGCUGCAGCUGUAUGACAUUCAGGCCGAGGUGCUGCGCUGCGAGGAGCUGCUGCUCACUGCCCAGCUGCAGAGUCUGCGCAGGCAGAUGACAGAGCGACAGGAUGAGGUGGUGUACUACGAUACCUUUGAGAGUCCUGAUGCCAUGAAGGGUGUAGAAGACCCCACGACCCCACCGUCACCCCUCAGAGAAGAAGAACUCUGCACCCUGCAGCAGAGGACCCGGCAGCUCGAGGCCCGCAGGGGCCGCAUCACUGCCAAGAAAGUCUACCUCAAAAAUAAGAAGGAAAUCUGUAUCAUCAAUCACAAGCAGAAGAUACAACAGCGCCAAGGUAGCCAUACUGACAGCAAAUCCCUGCAGGAGCUGCAGCAGGGAGAUGAAGAUGAUGAAGCUAAGCGAAACGCCAGAGUGAGUCAGGAGAGGCAGAGGACACUUGACAGGCUUCGCAGCCUCAAGCAGAGGUAUCCAGGCCAGGUGACUCUAAAGUCAGGCCGCCUGCGCCUGAGUCAGACUCACAGUCGGAGGCGUGCUGGGCAGCAGCCCAGCACCCAGGCUGCCGGCGUUCAGACCGACUGCAUCUCAGAUCUCCCAGAACUCUCUGCUCCUCUCCCGCCGGACGCGUACGGCUGCGACAGCGUCUCUUUACCUGCGGUCGACCUCCAAGGCCUCGAUCCCUCGCCUCCCUUCCUAUCGCUGCCCCCACUCUCAGCCACGCCGUCAAACUUUUCACUGGGUCCCCCUCCCCCGCCUCCACCGCCUCCUCCUCCGCCUCCUCCACCACUUCCCACCUCAGAGGACGACCAGCAGAAGAACCUCACAGCCGUCACGCUUCAACACCAGAAAGGCGAGUCUGACUCCACCUCGCUCCCGCUGGCUCCAUUUUCCCCUCGAUUCUUUGACAGCAGCCAGCUGUUAACGGCGAGGAAAAAGCUGCGGAAGACGGCUUCUCUGGACUCGUCGCAGUGGAGGAGAGCGAGCUCUCCCAUGGAUGAGGUGCUGGCAUCACUCAAGCGGGGCAGUUUCCACCUGAGGAAGGCUGAGCUGCGGGUCUUGGGCCCGGAUCCGGAUGACGACAGCAACAAUAUCCUGGCUCAAAUCCGACAGGGCGUCCGGCUUAGGAAGGUACGGACCAGACCGGAGCAGCAGCGUCAUCCCAAAAGCUUCCCCCACUCGGCCGACGCUCUGACCCGCAGCAUUCACGAGGCUCUGAGGAGAAUCAAGGAGGCCUCUCCUGAGUCAGAGUCAGAGGAUGAAGGUCUUCCCUGCACUGACUGGGAAAACUAAUGCGGUUCAUCGAAGGAAUCUUUUAAACCCCCCCACCUUUUUGUUUUGUUUUUUUAACACAAAGAGUUUAAACAAAGUGAAACCAAGUUAAGCAGGCAAGCCAGGGUUAAGUCACCUGGAGAUUUCUUGGUGCAAUUUGAACAAAAACCCUCGAUUUUUCUUUUUUUAAUAUAUAUUAGAGGAUUUUUUUCUUACUCAUGUACGCUGUUUGUAAAGAUGGACCACUAAUCUUUUUUUUUUUUUAUGUCAUUGCUGUGGCUCUCUGGGCGAGGAUACAACCUCUGACCUCUCAUCACGUCCGAGUCGUACUGUAGCUUGCUGUGACGGGUUUGUUUGAGGACACGAAUUUUGCUCACAGUGAUAGUAAACCUUCAGUCUGAGCGUUUACAUUUUACUACACAACAAGCAUUUGUACUGUACAUCUUUUUAAAGGAAUAGUUGGACUGAGUGCAUACGAGAGUGGUAUUAACAUUCAUAUUUACAAAAUCGCCAAACUUUGACUUUGAGAUGAGGUUUUGUGUAAUCACCCACGCAGUUUAUCGGAAUCAAUUUGAACGUCCAGCAUCUGUUUUAGGGCUUUAGAACUGUGAAAGCACCUGAUUGCAGUACAAAGUGCCCCCAAAUACUCUGAGGGCUGUUAGAAAAUAAUCCAGUUAACUUACAAAUGUGUAAAAUCCCUGUUUACCUGCACCUCACACAGGAUGAGACAACUCGGCCGGUCAUCAAAGACAAACGCAAACUUGUAGAUUUGCUGCUUUUCAGCUCUAAAUAUGUGUGAGAAUAACAGACCUGGGGCCAGAUUUACUCGAUGUGAUGCUACUAAUGCAAGAAUGUGCUGAUAAUGCUCAUAAUGUGCAAAUCUAACCACCAGUUCAACCAUUGCAGUCUCCUGAGGGCAGUGUAAACGAGUGGGUCAAAAACAUGCAGAGCGGACGAGGAAGCAAGUAAUCCAGCAAGUGUAGGUUUUCACUCUAAAACAGCUGAAGGAGAAUCUAUAUGUUUUGAGACAAAGACGAACUCUUCUGUUAGAACUCGAUGAAGUCUGCGUGGGAUCUUGGAGUUUGGGACAGCUGUUCUUGGGAUAAUGGUCUCAGGCAGGACCAGAGUAAGGCCAACCCCAAACCAUCUGUCUGUCGAAUUUACUGUAACUGUAAAUGUGCUCAUGACUCUGUUUCACUCCUGCAUGCUGCGUGAGGCUGCUCAUAUUCAGGACAAAGACAAGACUCAAAUAGGUUCAAUAAAAUGACAAAUUCAACUCAAAAAUGCCUGAACUUAAAAGGCGUAUUAGGGUCACGGUGGUUCAUAUAUGUACACAAACGUUGUACAUUUUUUUUAGAAAAAAGUGUCAAAUGUACGAGGAGAAAAAAAAAGUACAAAUUUACGAGAAUAAAACUCGGAAAAGGGAAUCUGUCGUUACACGUUUCCAGGUUAAGUUAGAAGAAAUUCAGAUAUGUGAACUCCUGGGACUAAUAAGCCAUACAAAUAUGUUCGGUAUGCCUUUUUUCAAGCAUACCAAACCAACUCCAUGCAUUUAAAAGUCAUCCUCUGACCUGUACAGACAGCACUGGGAUCAUAAAGUUCAACACUGAAAAAAGACGUUCAUAUCAGCAAUAACUUUGUUCUCAUUUAUGUCACCAACAUGUAGAUUCUGGGUGCUCCAUUGCUGCAAAUAGUUAAAAAAUAAAAAUAAAAAAGCUUAUAAGGAAAUGAUAUUAAAUGUUCUCUUAACUGAAAGUCAUUUAGUAAUUUCCCUUGUAAAAAUUGCCAAUUAUUGAUAACAAUAGAAGCUCGUUUUUACAUAUGGUUUGAUUAACGGGAUAUCUAUGUAUUAUACGUUUCGGCAUUACACUUUGCAGACGGUCCCUGUGUUGUUAGUCCAGGUCAGAGCAUGACUGGAAAAACAUGAACAUGCUGGAAAAAAGAUGUUGUUGUUGUUCUAAUGAGUUAUUGAUCCCAGAAGAUCAGCUGAACCUUGAAAAGUAAAGCGAUGCUUUUUGACUGAAACAAAAGCCACAAUUUUUUUUAGUUUUUCUCUUAAAUCUGUCGAUUUUUUUCUUCUUUGCACUCUGAACUGAAAAAUCUGUCUAAUACAUAAACAUAAAGCCAGCCACAAAGAAAACCUGCCGGCGUCUUUUAGCUUGGUGCCGAUGUAGACCAGUAGCACAUCUGGCCCCUGGUGUUCCCGUCAUAGUCACACUGUAACACUGUAAUCAUCAGCACACAAAGAGCUGUGGUUUUACAUAACAAGCUUUAUCUGUUGUUGUGCAUCCUCCACUUCUUUUAUAAGGAUGCCAUUAACACCAGGUCAGUAUUUUGACAGAUGUAUACCUGUAUGACAUUUCUAUUUUAGCUCCAUUUGAAGUAUAAAUGAUUUCUUGAAUGUAGCUUUGGAUGUUUUCUGUGUUUGGCAGAGUUUACUGUCCACCUUACAGAUGGAAAUAUUGUUGGGACCAGAUUCCCUUUCAUUUAUUACUUUGAUCUUGAUUCAUCAUUGACAAAUAGCAGAACCAAAAAGCAAAAAAAAGUAGAUAUGAAUCACUAUAAUGGAGCUCGGCUCUUUAGAUACAGAUCCACAGAUUGUUAUCGGUCUAGAAUUUCACAUCCUCUAAAAUAAGAAUUUGACAUUUCUUUCUUGUUUAUUUCUGCUUUUGUGCUAGAAACAAAUUCAUCUUAAUUUUAAAAUAUAACUGCCUUUUAAUCUCUUUAUUGUGUUUUUUUUGUUUUUUUUUUUUAAAGAAUUCAACAGUGCAAAAUUGAUCUGGCAAAAAGAAAAUAUUGACUAAUAUCGGUAAAAUUGUUUUUUUGGGGUGUAGCGUCAGUCAAGAGGGGCCGAUAUCAGCUGGUAGUGUAAUGAUAUUUGGCUGAUAUGUUGAAAUUUUAGAAUUUUAUUUGUUUUUGUUUUUUGUUUUGUUUCUUUUUUUCUGUUUCAUUUAGCAUGUGAUAGUUAGCUGCACAUUAGCUAACCGUAACCUAGAUAUUUGACACAUUUGAAGACAUUGCUUUUGGCUUUAGGAAACGGUGAUGGGUGUUCUUCCUUCUUGUCUUUAUUUUUUACUAUUAUCUCCACACAAUGAAAAUAACCAGCAUAUUAUUUUGUAAUAAUUCAGAUGCUUUACACGGUGUGGCAGGGAUUCAUAGAUGAGCUUUAGGAGUAUGUGUGACGUUUCUAUUUAUUGUGCUGUUCUCAUUUGUUGUUUUUACUGUCAGUUUCCUCACCUGAGAGAUGCUGUCUUUCCACUGCCUUCUUUUAUGAAAGAUGUUUUCCGAGCUUGCUUCCUUACCUUAUUUACUGGAGUUGUUGAUGUGUGUGUGUGUGUGUGUGGGGGGGGGUUUGGUUUGGUUUUUAAUAUCUAUUGAGAAAACUUGUUAACUGAAAAACUAAUCCCACAUUUUCCUGUUUGAUAAGCCAUGCACUGAGCGAGCAACAUGUCAUAUAUAUAUAUCUUCUUUUUUCUUCUCACAUAUGCUGACAUUGCACUGAUAACAUCAGUGCUGCUGUGUUUGAAUGAUUACCAGCUUAGCUUAGCAUAAAGACUAAAAACAGAGCUAGCUUCUCUGUUUAAAAGCGAUACUUAAUGAGUUUUAGACGCUAGUUUUGUUUUGUUUUUUUAUGAUGUAAUUAUGUCAAAGCAGGACUGUUACUUGGCUGAUUUUAAACACAGACCAUCAAAUUCUGACAAACCUGAAUUUGGCCUUGUUUAAAGUAAUAAAUAACUACACAUAGCAAAUGUUAGGGAAGUGUGUUUAUGUUUCAUGUGUCUGAAUACUGGAUUUUUUUAAAAUGAAAAAUCUUUUUCGUCUCUAAACUAGCAGAAGUGGAAACACAGACUCAACAGUAUUGCUCCUAAAAUUCCUGUGGGGUUGUGUUCUAGUCUUCAUGCUAAGCUAAGCUAACUGUAGCAUUAUGUUUUCUGCAUACUGUAUAACAGGAAGACAAUUAGUUGACUGUCAGAGUAAAAGACUGCUGCUAAGUGUUAAAGUCAUCAUGAAUAAUUUGCACGCAGUUCCUCUUCACCCAGUUAGAUUUUUAAAUAUAUCUGUAUGAGUGUAAACCUUUGGCAGCAGAUGAUCUGACUUUCUUCUUUUCUUUUUUUUUUUUUUUUUUUUAACUUUUACAGGGUUUGUUUUUUUGGGUUUUUUUUGUAACCAUUUUAACUGUUAGAUUUCAAAUUCCACCCAUAACUCUUUGUCAGUUUGACCUUUACGACCUUAUGCAUGUGAUUGGUUUGAUGACAAACCAGUUACAACGUAAGUGCAAUAACGAAGAUUGGGGGGGGGCUUUUAAGAAUGAUACUGUAAUGAAAUGUAAAUCAUGAAAAAUAUAUCCGCAUGCCUAAAUGUAUUGAAGUAUUUAUUGAAACUUCAUAUUUUAAAGAAUUUUUAAAGCGUACAAAUGUAAAUGUACUUUAAGGUUUUCUUUUUGUUUCCUAUCAUGACAUUCCUCUCUGCUUUCUAAAGGCCAUUUAUAAAUAUAUAUGUAUAUUUUUUCCUUUCAAAAUAAAAUGAUGCACCAAAAUGUUGUUUUUGAAUCUUUCUUUAGAGUUUAACCCCCACAUAAUAUGCUGUUAUCAUUCUAGUCCAUAAUCCAUUUACAGAAUCCAAAACUCAUAUUUUUAUUCACCUUCCUGAGAAUCAUUGCUUUCAAGUUUAUUCCCACAGACAGACAAUUAAACAACACGUCUGUGUUUUUAAUAGUUUUAAUUGCUCCCCUUUCUUAAAGAGGAAACCCACCAACCCAGUCUGCUAAUCCAGAGUAGACACUGCUGAGGAGCUGUUCCCCAUCAUCCCCAGACUCUGCUUCUUCUUCGAGGCUUGAGGAGAUCCUCAAACUAUUCUUUCCACAGCGUAGCUAAAUCACCAGCACUCCAUCCCACUAUACAGUGUGGGUACGGUUUCCUCCUGAGAUUGUUUGCCAGAAUUGCUUUAAACCUGACCAAAAUUCUUUGUCAGUGAACUCAACGAACUCUUCCCAGACCUUA